AACGAUGAGAUUGUGCUUCCUUGUGCUGGGCUGCGUGAUAGCAGCCAGCGCAUGGCCUGUUGACCAACUUUCCGUCCGAGUCCAUGGCGAAAAUGGAUGGUUUGUUCCCCAGCGGCAAGGCGGACUAAGAUGGGUUGCCAAGGCGGAGGCGGAGCGUCAGUUGGCGGAGUACGAGGCCCAGGAUGUCUUGGAAGGUCGUGUGUCGACCAACACGGUUAAGUUCUAUCUAUACACUCAGCAGAAUCCGACAACGGGACAGCAGAUCAAGGCCACCCAGUCUUCCAUCGACUCCUCCUUCUUCAAUCCCGAAAAUCCAACGAGGAUCACUAUUCACGGCUGGAACUCGAACUACAAAGACGGCAUUAACACCAGGGUUGCGGCUGCCUGGUUCCAGUACGGAGACUACAACAUGAUCGCCGUGGAUUGGCAGCGAGGUCGUUCCUUGGAAUACGCCACCUCAGUUGCUGGUGCCUCGGGAGCUGGCAAGAAAAUCGCCGCUUUGGUUGACUUCUUGGUGGAGGGGUACGGCAUGCGCUUGGACACUCUGGAGAUCGUUGGCUUCAGCUUGGGUGCCCAUGUGGCUGGAUUCACGGCCAAGCAGGUGACCACCGGCACAGUGGGCAAGGUCGUGGGCUUGGACCCCGCCUCUCCGCUCAUCAGUUACUCCAAGACAGAGAAGCGUCUGUCCAGCGAUGACGCCGUGUAUGUGGAGACCAUCCAGACAAAUGGCGCCAUUUUGGGCUUCACCCAGCCAAUUGGCAAAGCCGCCUUCUACAUGAACGGAGGUCGAUCCCAGCCAGGUUGUGGACUUGAUCUCACCGGCAGUUGCUCCCACACCCGAGCUGUUCUCUACUACGUGGAGGCCCUCCUGUAUAACAACUUCCCCUCGAAGAAGUGCGACACCUACCAGCAGGCCAACAAGAACACCUGCGGCGACCAGUACAGCAACAUCUUGAUGGGGGCCUUCAUCAACACUUAUAUUGCCGAAGGUAUCUUCUAUGUGCCGGUGAACAAGGAGUCUCCGUACGGAUUUGGUCAAAUCAACAGCAACGAACCGACAACUACUGCUCCUGCCGUUCCUACCACCACCGUUGAAGAUGAAUCCACAACCGAAGAGCCUGAGGAGGUUCCAUCCACAACCAAGAUACCCGAGGAGCCUUCCACUACCGAAGAACCCGAAGAGUCGACUACUGCUGGCGAGGAAACCUCUUCAAAACCGGAAGAACCACAGGACUCGACGACCGAGGAGCCCGAGGAGGUUCCCUCCACAACCGAAAAACCAGAAGAGCCCGAAGACUCUACAACCCCCAAGGCACCCGAAGAAGAUUCCACCACAACCGAAGUACCAGAAGAUGACUCCACUACACCCGAAGAACCAGAAGAGGACUCUACUACACCCGAAGAACCUGAAGAAGACUCUACUACACCCGAAGAACCAGAAGAGGAGUCUACUACACCCGAAGAACCAGAAGAGGACUCUACUACACCUGAAGAACCAGAAGAGGACUCUACUACACCCGAAGAACCAGAAGAGGACUCUACUACACCCGAAGAACCAGAAGAGGACUCUACUACACCCGAAGAACCAGAAGAGGACUCUACUACACCUGAAGAACCAGAAGAGGACUCUACUACACCCGAAGAACCAGAAGAGGACUCUACUACACCUGAAGAACCAGAAGAGGACUCUACUACACCCGAUGAACCAGAAGAGGACUCAACUACACCGGAAGAGCCAGAAGAGGAAUCAACUACACCGGAAGAACCAGAAGAGGACUCUACUACACCCGAAGAACCAGAAGAGGACUCUACUACACCCGAAGUACCAGAAGAUGAUGAUACCACCGCUGCUCCAGAGGAUGAUAUAGAAGAAUCGACAACCGAGAAACCAGAAGAUGACUCUACUACCACCGAGGAACCCGAAAACGACUCCACAACCCCCGAAGAACCUGAAGAUUCGACCACUACUGCUCCAGAAGACGGAGGGGAUGACGAUACGACCGAAGAGCCAGAAGAAGACCCUACUACCACCGAGGAACCAGAAGAUGACUCUACUACCCCCGAAGAACCUGAAGAUUCGACUACAUCAGCUCCCGAAGACGGAGGGGAUGAAGAAACGACCGAAAAGCCAGAAGAAGACUCUACAACUCCAGAAGAGCCCGAAGAUUCCACCACUGCUGCCCCAGAAGAUGGAGGAGAUGUUGAUACCACCUCUCCUCCGGAGGACGAGGACUCCACCACCGAAGAGCCUGAGGAAGUGUCAACGACUGCUGCUCCUGAGGUUCCCACAACAACUGUGAAACCCACUGAACUUCCUUCAACCACAGCGGUUCCCAUUGAAGUUCCCACCACUACUCUUUCUCCCGAAAUUCCACCUACUAUCCCGCCAAAAGAUGACAAUCUUGCCCCUGCAGGAACCAAAAAUAUCUUGAUCUUCAACGUCUUUUUGGUUAAUGUUAAAAUCGAAAAAUAGUAAAUUAACAAAAGCAUUUUCGUUAAAUGCCAGCCACUCAGGUUGUAAAAAGCAAUAAAACCAAAGCAAUAUUUGAUUUCCAUUACCUACUCAAUACCACAGAUGGUCGCGGAAUUUUAAUUCAGUUGCCUAGCAAUAUUAAUAAAUUAGAGAAGAAUUUACCUA